AUGCGUGAGAUUCUGGAGGUUUCUCUGUGCCCGCCGGACCCCCAGGAGACGGAAUCCCAGGUGGUCCUCAUUACGGCAACAGACGGAGACCAGCAGCCCGGGGACAGCCUCGCACUCAGCCAGCCCCAGCCCUCGCCUCCCUCCACCACCAACACCACCACCACCAACAAACUCUACCAUCAGGUCUGCCCAGGCUGCUCAGACCCCGACCCAAACCCCAACACCAACCCCUCGCCCCAGCCCAACAGAUGCCCGUGCAACUCCACCCACCAGCACCAUCAACAACACUAUCAUCAGCACACGGGCAGGACCAACACGGUCAUGGCCACCACCUCGCUACCAGACUGUUCCGUAGGAGGAGGCAGCACGGUGAAGACUGGACACAGCUGUAGCCCCGCCCACACGACGGCCAUGGUGCGCUGCCAUUGGCUGCAGGGGUCACACGACGGCAGCAGCCUCAAGCCGCUUCAGCAUCACGUUGUGACUGUGAGGAACAACGGGCCCUUCAAGAUCCCAAGAAGUUAUACCCAGGUGAUUGUGGAGUACCCGGUGACAGUCCUGGUGACAUGCUUCGUGGUGCUGCUGUGCUGCUCGGUGGCCGGCCUUCUGAUGGGGCACCUGCCAGAUUUCUCGGACCCUCUAGUGGGAUUUGAACCUCGUGGAACUGACAUUGGAAUAAGGCUCUCCGCCUGGACCAAACUGCAGCAGAACACUGGUCCUGGAAAAUUACUGUCCCUAACACCACACAGACUCACAGAUGACAAAACAACAACUGGGAGUCAUGAGAUUGGUCCUGAUGGAUUCCAAGAACAUUCCAAGUCGCGGCUGAGGAGAAUGUUGGAGAAAGAUCACGCUCAGCACAACUUCUUCUGUGAAUCACCUGGAGAGCAAUAUGCUAAAUUGGUCUUCCGUUCAGGGGACUCUGCAAGUCUUUGGAGCCCGAAGGCGAUCCACUCCAUGUGUGAGAUGGAGCAGAUUUUGAUUCGCUCGCAGCCUCAUUUCCAAGACAUCUGCAAAAGUGUCAGAACGGAUGCUGAUGGCUCUACCCCGAGGGGAGAGUGCUGUCCCAGCUGGUCCCUCGGGAACUACCUGGUCCUCCUCACCAAUGCAUCAUCCUGCCUCGAUCUGACCGCCCAACAGGUCGCAGAGAGCCUGAGUCUGCUCCGGCACUGUGCCCCCUACUAUCACAACGGACGUCUGGUGGCUUCCUGCUCGGAGAAAGACAAACACGGCUACUGUGCGUCUGUGCCCAGCAAGUGCAAGCGAUCCAACGCCGUCUUCCAUAUACUCCAUUUCCUGGUGGACAAAGACUUCCUUGGGCCCCAGACUGUUGAAUACCAGGUGCCUUCCCUGAAGUACAGUCUCAUGUUUUUGCCUCUGGAAAAGGGGGACUCGUUAGUCGACAUGUACCUGAGCCAUUUAGAGAGCCGUGAGCUCACUUACAACAACACAACUAUAACCGGAAUGGAUUUAGGAAUCAAGCAGACACUUUUUAAGUAUUACCUGAUUCGGGACUCGGCCUACCCAGUUUUGGCCGUGCUCGUGCUGUUUUUCACAAUGGCUCUGUACACCAGGUCCUUCUUCCUGUCCGCUCUGUCACUUCUGGCAAUCACAACCUCCCUGCUCACUUCCUACUUCUUUUACAAGGUGGCUUUCAGAAUAGCCUUCUUCCCUUUCCUCAACCUCAGCGCGGCCCUGGUUUUGUUUGGCAGCUGUGCCAAUUACGCCUACACCUUUUACGACUUCUGGCUGCAGCAGCUGUCCCACAACCCUCCCGCCUCAGUGGAGAAAAGGAUGAACAGAGUGCUGCAGGAGAUGGGCUACCUGAUUUUAACUUCGGGCCUCACCUCCAGCGCUACUUUCUUUUCGGGCUACAUCAGUAGCAUCACCGCCAUCAGGUGCUUUGCUGUGUUCCUGGGCACAGCGUCCCUAAUCAACACGCUGUUCGCAGUCAUCUGGCUACCCUGUGCGCUAGUGCUGCACGAACGCUACACCAUCUCGGCCGCCACAGCCGUGUCAGUAUCAGGAUGGAAGCCAUGUUGCGCAAAACGCCCCGGAGGAUUCUGGGACACCAGCUCGAGGAAACGUUGCCUUUUCACCAUGGCCCAGAAGCUGAGGGCUCUGAAGCGUGGGCUGGCAGACACGUCCAAUUUACUCUUCCUGAAAAUUCUCCCGUGUGGAGUUGUCAAGUUUAGGUAUAUUUGGAUCUGCUGGUUCGCAGUGCUGGCAGCGGGAGGUACAUAUAUAUCUUGCGCAGGCCCGGGCAUGAAAUUACCCACCUCAGACAGUCACGGAGCGCAGCUCUUUCGCUCCAGCCAUCCUUUCGAGAGGUAUGACACGGAAUACCAACACCAGUUCAUGUUUGAACGCAAGUGGCGUGGAGAGGACAGGCCUUUGACAUUGUCUCUCAUUUGGGGCAUCAUCCCAACUGACACAGGGAAUCAUUUUGACCCAAACAGCAGCAGUGAGUUUAUCGUGGACACAGAUUUCAACAUCAGCUCUCCAGACUCCCAGGUGUUCCUGAGGGAUCUUUGUGGAAGAGUCCAAAACCAGAGCUUCUACUUGCAGGCUUCCAAUGAGCACGAGGAGGCAGAGGACAACGUUUGCUUUGUGGAGGAGCUUAUUCACUGGAUAUCCCUCCGACGCUGCUCUGAAAACGAGGAUGCUCACCAUUUCUGCUGCAAUAACAUUCCAUUCCCAUACCCGCCCAGUGUUUUUGAAAAAUGCCUGGGGAUGAUGGUGGCCGAAAAACAGGGACAAGGACAUCUCCCUAACGGCGAUGCUGGCAUACGCUUUGACUUAGAGGGCCGGAUAACAGUACUCGUGAUUGCUCUAAAAACCUCCUAUCUGUACAGUUUCAAUUACACCCAAACCACCAAUUUCUACCAAAACAUACAGUCCUGGUUUGUGGAAGAAAUGUCACAGGCCCCUGUCGGUUUACACAGAGGCUGGUUUGUCAGCCAGCUCACAUUAUACGACCUGCAGGAAUGCCUAAGCACAGAGACCUUAGAGGUGGCAGGGUUUUCCAUUGCUCUCACCUUUGCCAUGCUGCUUCUGACCACGUGGAACAUCCCGCUCAGUUUAUAUGGAACUGCAGCAGUAGGGGGCAGUGUGUUUGUCACUGUCGGUCUGCUGGUACUGCUAGAAUGGCAACUGACUGGAGUAGAGGCUUUGUUCCUCUCUGCUGCAGCAGGACUCUCUGUGGACUUUGUAGCCAAUUAUUGUGUUUCAUACAGUUUAGCUCCACACGUUGAGAGACUCGGGAGGGUGGCCCACUCGAUAAAGAGGAUGGGUUGUCCAGUAGCGACGGGUGCCGGGGCCUUUUUUUGUGUAGGAGUCGUGAUGUUGCCAGCUACUGCUCUACUCUUCCGGAAAAUUGGGAUAUUCCUGCUUCUUGUGAAAUGUGUUGCGUGCGGUUUCGCAACUUUCUUUUUCCAGUCCUUGUGCUGCUUCUUCGGACCGCAGAAGAACUGCGGUCGGAUUUACCUGCCGUGUACGGAGGAAAAAAUGACGGACAAUAUCAUGUCCACCUGCACCACAACUGGUACCGCCUCAACCACCACUGCAGCUAAUGGGGCCUUUGGGUGCAGCACAAGGGGACCAAGAAUUCGAAAGAAUGCCAGUCAGGAAGGAGCUUCAGGAGGAGGAGGCGGGUUCUUGUGCCCAAACCAGCAGCACCACAGGCAAAGACCUCCUGGUGGUAUCAGAGACCCAGAACAGUAUGAGCUUCAACCCCUUGCAUGCCAGCUCAGCGACAGCUUUGAAAACAGCACCUGCACCAGCAAGCUGUCCAACAGGCCCUCUGUGCUCUCGGACGACAUCCAGUUCUGCGACCUGAGCCCAAAGAAGGAGUAUGACAGGGUGAGCAUGGAGGCUGACAGCGAAGACGCGUGCAGUGGGAACCUGAAGGCCUGCAACCCUCCUCCUGCUCUUCAGACCUCUUCCCCGUACAGAAACACCCUUCAGCCCGUCUCUGCACACACAGCAGGCGACUUGGCAAAAGAAAGACUUUGGUGCAAAAAAUGCAGGGGGCAAGGUGGCAAAACAUGGAAUGUGUCCAUAUCGUCCUCGCCAACUUCAAGCAUGGAAGACGUCGGCGCAUGCCAGACGUCUGACACAAGCAGGAGAGCCCAGAGGUUGCUCUCGAUCGAUGACGCCAGCUGCAACGUCCUGGAGAAGGACCAACACAAGCGCUUACUUUCUACCCAGUCACACAGCUCACUCGAGGGCAUGGAAGAUUCUAACGAGACUUGCCUGAGUGACAUUGAGCCGCCUGGAGCAUCUGUUCCACAAGUGACCUUAGUAGACACGGAGGAGGAAGAGGAGGAGUGGCAACCAGGCCAUCUGAAUGGCAGGAGGAACACUUUGCGCCUUUCUCUGAAGGAAAAUGUGUCUGACGCACUUCCCCGAGGAAGGAUCAGCCAGGUGGAACUGCCAGUUGUUUUGCCAAAUAGUAAACCUGAUAUGCCAGACGUAUGGAUCAAGAGAGGAGAGGACAAAAGCUAA